AUGGGCCGCAGGAAGAUCGAGAUUAAAGCCAUUAAGGACGACAGGAACCGCUCUGUCACCUUUCUGAAAAGGAAAGGCGGUCUCUUCAAGAAGGCGCACGAACUAUCAGUGCUCUGCUCUGUGGACGUCGCCGUAAUCAUCUUUGGCAGCAACAAAAAGCUGUAUGAGUACUCGUCAGGCGAUUUGAGAGAGUUAGUGGCGCGGUGGACCUAUCACGGUAACCCAAACGAACACAAAGGUCCGGCGGAUUUCAACGGUGCUGAUGAAGACGAUGACGACGAGAAUGGCACUCCGCCGCAAGGCGAAGGCAUGGAUAGCCAUGUGUUCCCUUCUCACAUGUCGGCGAUGCAGCCUCCCUUCCCUCAUAUUCGGCAUCACACGCCCUCGGCAUCGCCCCCGAUUCCUAAUGGUGUCUUCGGUCAGCACCCUGGAAAUGGUCCUCGCGGCCACACCCCGCAGCCUCAGAUCGGCUCGCGGCCACCAUCGCGGAACGAUGUUCGCCGAAUGGGCCCGACCAUGGUGGGCCAGCCGGUUGGGCCUCCGGGAGCUCAACCACCAUCAGUUAAUGGCUUUACAUUCAUGCAACAACCGGGCAUGUACAGCGCCCAAAACCCUUCCAGCAUGCCGCCUGCCAUCCCGCACGGGCUGCCCCAGCCUCACCACCCGUACCCCUACCCACAGCCGCAACCACAGGCACAACCACACCAAAUGCACUCAUACGUAGACGAGCGAAGACCCUCGGGACCUCCUCCAUUCGCUCCCCAGAGCCAAGGUCCCCCGGCAACCCGCCAUUCCCUUCCUCCGCAACCGGUUCCGCACAUAUCGCCCCCUCCCCCACAACCUCAGACAUCCGUCCCAGUGAAACCCGAACCACGCCCAGAACCGGUGGAACGGGCACGCCAGCCCCUUCUCUUGGAUACCAACAUCAAGAAGCAACCGCCCCGCAAAGGAGGUAGCAUAUUCACGCCUAUAGAUGAGAACCAGUCGGUUCUCUUGCAGCACAUAGCUGCGUUUCAAGAGACACCGCCCAGGUCCCAAUCCAUCGACGUUGGCAGCGUCUCGCGAAGUAGCAACUCUCACUUGCCCGCCGCCCCUCAUCAACGCCCAAACACCCAAGCACCACAGCCACAAAUCAAGAGGAACGGCUCUUUGGGGACAAUCCCAGAUACCGUUUUCACACCACCGUCACGAUCCAAUAGUAUGCAGGCGGGUGGUGCCGCGCGGCCACGGUUGAAGGUACAAAUUCCGGAUGAGUCGGAUGGCGGGAGCACUACCAAUGGCUCAACGUCUCCCCGGAGAACGACAUCGACCGACGUCACUUCCCAGCCGUCGAGACGCCCUGCGGACUCACAUACCUCUGGCGUCGUCCUCCCGCCUCCUUCACCAUCAGCUUCGGCAAUGCCGAACGAGACGCUGCUCUCGGCGGGAGCCACGGGGCCGCCGAACCCCUUCGCCAGGCCGCUCCCUCACCAAAACAACAACAAUAACAUGAACAUUGAUACGCCAGUGUCUGCCUUGCCGUCUCGGUUCCUCAACAACGAGUUCUUGCCGAGUCCGAGCAGCUUCUAUCCGGACUGGAACUUCCGCGGUAACGAUAGCAAUACACUUCCGAGCCCGCUGAACUUUGCGACCCCGGUGGUUGGAACAGGCCCGUCAUUUCUGAGAGACGACCCUUUGUCGUUGAAGAGAAAGAGUCCAGAAAUUAGCGGUUCUAAUGGAGCCCAUCCUGAGCCGAUUGACACGGGGAGCGAUGCGAAGAGGACGAAGGUCGAAUCUUGA